AGGAAGGAGGGAAAGAAAGAGAGAGAUAGGAGGGAAGGACAGCGAAAGACAGUGAAGGAAAAAGAAAGGAGUGAUCGGGAGAGAGAGAGAAGGAAAGAAGGAGGAAAGGAGAGCCAGAGAAAGACAGAAGAUAGAGGAGGAGGGAGAGAAGGAGAGAAGGAGAGGGAGAAGGAGGGAAAGAAAGAAUGUGAAAGGAGGGAAGGACACAGAGAGAUAGAGGGAUAGUGUAGGAGAGGAAGGAGGGAAAGAAAGAGAGAGAUAAGAGGGAAGGACAGCGAAAGACAGUGAAAGAAAAAGAAAGGAGUGAUCGGGAGAGAGAGAAGGAAAGAGGGAGGGAAGGAGAGCCAGAGAAAGACAGAAGAUAGAGGAGGAGGGGAGAAGGAGAGAUAGAGGGGGAGAAGCAGGGAAGGACAGAGAGAAAAAGAGGGAUAGAGUAGGAAAUAAGGAGGGAAAGAGAGAGAGAGAGAGGAGGGAAGGACAGAGAGAGAAAGAGGGAUAGAGUAGGAGAGGGAGGAGGGAAAGAAAGAGAGAGGAGGGAAGGACACAGAGAGAAAGAGGGAUAUAGGAGAGGAAGGAGGGAAAGAAAGAGAGAGAUAGGAGGGAAGGACAGCGAAAGACAGUGAAGGAAAAAGAAAGGAGUGAUCGGGAGAGAGAGAAGGAAAGAAGGAGGAAAGGAGAGCCAGAGAAAGACAGAAGAUAGAGGAGGAGGGAGAGGAGGAGAGAAAGAGAGGGAGAAGGAGGGAAGGAAAGAGAGAGAAAGGAGGGAAGGUGGGCGAGGACCCUCCGGAGCGCCGUCGUUGGGCUCCUUCUCUUCGGGGCUUCGAUCCCCCGCUCGCUCGCUCGCUCGCUCCCUGCCAGGCGGUCCGGCGCCGGGAGGGAGCGCUGCCGCCUCUCCGGUCGCGGCGAAAGAGAGAGAAGAAAGAGAGGAGAGAGAGAGAGAGAGGGAAGAGAGCGCUGGCGGCAGAGGGAACGUCUCCUUUUCCCUUCCCAUCCCUUCCCUGUCGGUGCUCCGUCCGCCCUUCCUCUCUCUUCCUCCCGGCUGCCAGCAUGAGCCUCCCGGACCCCCCUCCUCCCCCUCCCCGUGCCCCUGCCCCCCUCCCCUUCGCCUUCCUCCUCCUCCGCUCCUCCUCCUCCUCCUCCUUCUCUUCCUCCUCCUCCUCCUCUUCCCGGGAGCCGGAGGUGUAGAGCCGCGCCUCGCCUGCUCAGGAUGCGGCGGACCUGCCGGGUCCCGCGACCGAGGCUCCUGGACCGAAGCGGGUCCUCUUCCUCCUCCUCCUCCUCUUCUUCUUCUUCCUCGUCUUCGGGCUUCUCCUCCUCUUCCUCGGGGCUCUUCGUGGCUCUGCUCUGGCUCCAGGCGGCCCCCUGCCUCGCCAUGCCCCAUGUCAUCCGCAUCGGAGGCAUCUUUGAAUAUGCAGAGGGACCAAAUGCCCAGAUCAUGAAUGCGGAGGAGCAAGCCUUCCGCUUCUCUGCCAACAUCAUCAACAGGAACAGGACCCUGCUCCCCAACACCACCCUCACCUAUGACAUCCAGAGGAUACACUACCACGACAGCUUCGAAGCCACCAAGAAAGCCUGCGACCAGCUUGCCCUUGGGGUGGUCGCCAUUUUUGGCCCUUCACAGGGCUCCUGCACCAACGCCGUGCAGUCCAUCUGCAAUGCCCUGGAGGUGCCCCACAUCCAACUCCGGUGGAAGCACCACCCCUUGGACAAUAAGGACACCUUCUAUGUCAAUCUUUACCCAGAUUAUGCCUCCCUCAGCCACGCUAUCCUGGACCUGGUCCAGUACUUGAAGUGGAGGUCGGCCACUGUGGUCUACGACGACAGCACAGGUCUCAUCCGGCUGCAAGAGCUGAUCAUGGCCCCCUCCAGGUACAACAUCCGCCUGAAGAUCCGCCAGCUGCCCCUCGACACGGAUGACAUGCGGCCCUUGCUGAAAGAGAUGAAGCGUGGGAGGGAGUUCCGGAUCAUCUUCGACUGCACCCACACCAUGGCCGUGCACAUCCUCAAGCAGGCCAUGGCGAUGGGGAUGAUGACGGAAUACUACCACUUCAUCUUCACCACUUUGGACCUUUAUGCAUUGGAUCUGGAGCAGUAUCGCUACUCCGGAGUCAACCUGACGGGUUUCCGGAUCCUGAACAUUGAGAACCCCCAUGUAUCCAACAUCAUCGACAAGUGGUCCAUGGAGCGGCUGCAGACUGCACCCAAACCGGAGCCAGGGCUGAUAUCGGGGAUCAUGAUGACAGAUGCUGCCCUGUUGUAUGACGCCGUCCACAUUGUCUCUGUGUGCUACCAGCGGGCCCCCCAGAUGACUGUCAACUCCCUCCAGUGCCACCGGCACAAGGCCUGGCGUUUCGGCGGGCGCUUCAUGAACUUCAUCAAAGAGGCCCAAUGGGAAGGCUUAACAGGACGCAUCGUCUUCAACAAAACCAGUGGCCUGAGGACCGAUUUUGACUUGGACAUCAUCAGCCUCAAAGAAGAGGGGCUAGAAAAGGUGGGGAUCUGGAGCCCAUCGGAGGGACUGAACAUCACCGAAGUCUCCCGACGGCAAGGUCCCAAUGUAACAGAUUCCUUGACCAACCGAUCACUCAUUGUCACCACAGUCCUAGAAGAGCCCUUCGUCAUGUUCACCAGGUCAGACACCGUCCUCUCUGGGAACAAGCGCUUCGAAGGCUACUGCGUCGACCUCCUGGCCGAAGUGGCCCGGAUUCUGGGCUUCUCUUAUGAGAUUCGGCUGGUGGAUGAUGGGAAAUAUGGGGCGCAGGACGAGAAGGGCCAGUGGAACGGCAUGAUCAGGGAACUGAUCGAUCACAAAGCUGACCUGGCGGUGGCCCCACUAACCAUCACCCAUGUCCGGGAGAAGGCCAUUGACUUCUCCAAGCCCUUCAUGACGCUGGGCAUCAGCAUCCUCUACCGCAAGGCCAAUGGGACCAGCCCUAGUGUCUUCUCCUUCCUGAACCCGCUCUCGCCGGACAUCUGGAUGUACAUCCUCCUGGCUUACCUGGGUGUCAGCUGUGUGCUCUUCGUCAUUGCCAGGUUCAGCCCUUACGAAUGGUACGAUGCCCACCCGUGCAACCCGGGCUCGGACAUCGUGGAGAACAACUUCACCCUCCUCAACAGCUUCUGGUUCGGGAUGGGGUCCUUAAUGCAACAAGGUUCAGAGCUGAUGCCGAAGGCGCUCUCCACCCGCAUCAUUGGCGGGAUCUGGUGGUUCUUCACCCUCAUCAUCAUCUCCUCCUAUACAGCCAACCUGGCUGCCUUCUUAACUGUUGAGCGCAUGGAGUCCCCCAUCGACUCGGCCGAUGACCUGGCCAAGCAGACCAAGAUUGAAUAUGGCGCCGUGAAGGAUGGGGCCACAAUGACCUUCUUCAAGAAGUCCAAAAUCUCCACGUUUGAGAAGAUGUGGGCCUUCAUGAGCAGCAAGUCUUCCUCCCUGGUGAAGAACAACGAGGAGGGAAUCCAACGCACACUCACCUCUGACUAUGCCUUGCUGAUGGAGUCAACUACCAUUGAGUACAUCACCCAGAGGAACUGCAACCUGACCCAGAUUGGAGGGCUGAUCGACACCAAAGGCUAUGGGAUCGGCACACCCAUGGGCUCUCCCUACCGAGACAAGAUCACCAUUGCCAUCCUCCAGCUCCAGGAAGAGGCCAAGCUGCAUGCCUUGAAGGACAAAUGGUGGCGAAGCAACGGCUGCCCAGAGGAAGAGAACAAGGAGGCCAGCGCCCUCGGGAUCCAGAACAUUGGAGGGCUCUUCAUUGUCUUGGCAGCUGGCCUGGUCCUCUCUAUCUUUAUAGCCACCAUUGAGUUCAUCUACAAGCUGCGGAAAACUGCAGAGCGUGAACAGCGCUCCUUCUGCAGCGCCAUGGCGGAUGAGAUCCGGCUGUCACUCACCUGCCACCGGCGUGUGAAACACAAGCCCCAGCCUCCAGUCAUGGUCAAGACAGAUGCUGUGAUCAACAUGCACACCUUCAAUGACCGGAGGCUUCCCGGCAAGGACAACAUGACCUGUAACACGGGUAUGACCCCCGUGUUUCCAUAGCAGAACAUGGGGUGCAGACUGGGGGUGGGGGGGCCCGAGCUGGAUACGGGUGGGAGACCAAGGAAAAAGAAGGCCCGGCCAUAUUCCAGAAGGAGAGAAAGAGCCGUGAUCAGGGUUUCCUUUCUAGAAGCAAAGCCUUGGAUACAACGCCAGCCAUCGUCCUGUGAGGACUUGAGAGCACGAACUGUGUCAUCUCCGUUUUGGGAUUACCUUCACCUGCCUGGUUUUUGAAGCCAAGCUUGAAACAUUUUAGCUUUUGGAGCCUCCUCCACAUCCUCCUUGCUCACUCAAGAGAUGCCACAAAGUGUUGAUGUUUACAUAUCAAACGACUGAGAAACCAAACAUGGCAGAAAGAGGGGAGGGCUGGCCAAUCUGGUGUGGAGACAACUAGCCAAGCCCUGGAUCCAAGGGUUAAUUUCAAAGUAUGGCAAUAAACAAAAUGACCUUUGGUGUGGGGCCAAACUCUGGACCGGAUCCCACCAGCCAUGGGUUUGUGGUGAUGGAAUGGGAGGGGAGGGUCAAAGGAGGACCUCUUGUCAAAGCCACAGCCUCCUCAAAGAGGGGCCAAACUGUGACCUGAUACCUCAGUGCUCUUCUGAACCUCAGCUUCUCUGGCAGCACCUCAGCAGGGACCCCACAGGCCUGCUCCCUUGUGGCAGAAUGAGUGGGAAGAAGGGAGCCAUGGAAAUCUCUCCCUUUGAACAGAAGCAACAAGACAAGUGGAUAGGGAAGGGAAGCCAAGAGGGGGUUCAUGAGGGCACCAAUAUGUCCUCUGCUUUGUGGUGGUAGUGGGUCCAAGAAGGGAUUGAUCAUGAGGUCGUUGCUCUUGGCAUAGAUUGGUCUCAUGCGCUCCUGCUUGCAGACCACACAAGAUCUAGACUCUGAGGGAAGAAGGGAAGCAUGGAAAACUGGGGGUAAGUUAAUGGUGGUAUGGGUGGGCAAAGGGACGUCUUGGGAAGUGGGCAAAAUUGAUAUGGGCAAGACGGGGUGACAUUCCAUGCAAUGGGAUCAAAGGCUAACCAAGCCUAGAAGUGACUGUAUCUCUCGGUAUUCUUCUGGCACAGAAAGUGGAAACCUCUGCUUAGGUACUAUAAAGCCCAUCCACCUGGGGGUGAGAAGCUUGCUCCUAAGUCUGUGAGUGCAGGACUAGAGCCUCAAUCGCCUCCCACUGAAAACCAUUUCAUUGGAAUUGGGAAAAGUCUGAUGCAAUGAAUGGUGUUUCCCCAACUGUAUGGCCGCUUAGCUGACGCUUUCUUUUCUUCUGUAGCCCUUCCCCCCUUUUCCAUUUCCUGCAAUUUCCAAACACGUAAGUGGAUGAUGGGUUGGAAUGUGCCAUUCUCAUCCUGGGGUAAAAUCCAGAGUAGAAGCCGUUCUCCUUGUUCCUGAGGCUGCCCAGUUUGGCACUUCCAAACCAGUUGAAAGAUAUCAGGCACCAAUGUUCUGCAAAAGGAUACAGUUCUUCACUCAUGGUACUCUUCAAGGAAGAAGCAAUGUGUAAUUUUAGCAAUUUUCAUCCUGCUGCAAGAAAAUGCCAUUUUCAAAGAGGAUUUUCAGAUCAGGAUUUAUUCUGCACAUGUUUCCUUUGCACACAUGGCAGCAUUUUCUGUGCAGAAAAUAAUUAUGUGCAAAAUAUUGUUACUGCACAGAAAAUUCUUUAUGUCUAUACACAUUUUCUGUAGAAUAUAUUAGAAUUGCAACUAUUCAUCUCGUCAGUGUUUCCAACAACCAAGAAACACUUUUUAGACAUUUUUCUCCCCAAAUAUUCUUCCCAUUACACUUCAUCCUUCUUCUUACUGAGUUUUUUCUUCAGGUUUAGAAAUGUGGCAGGUUUAGAAAUGGAAGAUGCUUGUGUGCCAUAUGCUAUGUUUGGUCAACCAGCCCAACACCGAGGUUACAGCCCUUGUGCAUCGUUCGCAGAUUAGCUUUUCCCCCCAAACCCAGCUGUGAAAUCCUUCCAUUAUCCGCCCUUGGAAGGUAAUGAUUUCUUAAUAUUGAUGGUUAGAAAAUUAAUCUCAUGCCAAUGUCAAGAAGGUGGGGAUUUAAUUUGUUGCAUCAGUCACUAAUUAAUUCUUGAUUAAACCAGCAGUUUUAAGAGGAACGGCGGAAUGUAUAGAGAAUGGCAUAUUUGGUUGUCACUGACAGGGAAUCCCCUUUUGGGGUCAAUGAGCUUGUUCUGAGUCUGAAUUCAUUCAUUACAAUUGUGAUUGAAGGAGUCAAGCCCUGGUCCCAUAGUAGGAUCAGCAGCAUUUUGAAUCGCUCUGUCGAAGUUCACACUAAGACCUAAAGCAGAUACAUCAGUUAGCUGACUUGGGAACCCAUCACUGCUGCUGCAAUGCAGCCUCCAUAAUAUAUAAAUACAAAUCUAUAUAAAUAAAAAUGUAAUGUUUGUUUGUGGGAUUAACAGAACUCAAAAACUACUAGAUGAAUUGACACCAAAUUUGGACACAGGACACCUAACAACCCAAUGUAUGUCUUUCACCCCCAAAAAUUGAUUUUGUCUUUUGGGAGUUGUAGUUGCUGGGAUUUAUAGUUCACCUACCAUCAAAGAGCAUUCUGAACCCCACUAACAAUGGAAUUGAACCAAACUUGGCACACAGUUCUCCCAUGACCAACAGAAAAUACUGGAAGGGUUUGGUGGGCAGUGUGCUUUAGUUUUGGAGUUGUAGUUCACCUAUAUCCAGAGAGCACUGUGGGCUCAAACAAUGAUGGAUCUGGACCAAACUCUACACGAAUACUCAAUAUGCCCAAAUGUGAACACUGGUGGAGUUUGAGGAAAAUAGAAUCUUGACAUCUGGGAGUUCUAGUUGCUGGGAUUUAUAGUUCACCCACAAUCACAGAGCAUUCUGAACCCCACCAACGAUAGAAUUGGGCCAAACUUCCCACACAGAACCCCCAUGUGGGUCACAGCAACGUGUGGCAGGGGAUGGCUAGCAAUAUAAAUAAAAACUUAUUUAUAGCCUACCACUAUCUCCCCAAAGGGACGCGGGGCGGCCUACAAGGCACUCCAAGAUACACAUAUAACAUACAACAGGUAAAAACGGUACAAAGAUAUAAAACAAGUCACAUAAAAUUAUAACAACAAUCCCCAUCAACACAUGUAGCAUAAAAUCAAAAUAAUACAAUUUUACAACAACAUAAAAUUAACUGGCAUCAAUUCACACGGUGCCGAGUGUCACCUUCAUAUGGGCCCAUUCAGCCUACAAAGGCCUGUCUGAGCAUUCAUGUUUUAAGGUCGGAAUGGAAGGAUUGAAGGGUGGGGGCUAAUCUAAUCUCUUUUUGGGAGGGUAUUCCAGAGUCGAGUGGCCACCACAGAGAAGGCCCCUUCUCUCGUCCCCACCAACCCAGUUUCCAAAAGGCUCAUGUUGUAGUUCUUGCAUUGCAUUUCCUGAUGCCAAUGUGAUUGUAAGUAGUGAAAACCGUAGGUCUCUUGAAUUUAUUGAAACCAAAGAACAAGAGGGUAGAAGCAGAAGAGAUCAACCUGUUCAGGAAAGGGGCAAAUUCUUCUCAUGUUCACACCUUUUUUAUUACUUACACUUUCCCUCCUAACCCUCUCCUCUGCAUCUCCUCCUUUCAGCAGAUCUCUUUUCAAAGGGCACAAGCCAGCACUGAACUGGAUAAUCUUCCUCCUCCUGAAACUGCCUCAUCUAACCAGGCAAAACCUUGUCCUAUAGACACCCUAUAGUGAGAGUUCUCUUGGGGGAGGAGGACAUAAAUAAAUGCCUAAAUAGAUUAAACUAGUUUUAAGUAGCAUGUUUAUCCCUCAGCUCCUCAUUCUCCAUCAGCCUCCAUUGUUCCCCAGUUUCAUGUCUCUGUUGCUCAGCCAUGGAUGUAUGGCUUGCAAAGUCCUUUUUAUUAACAGUGGUCAGAAGGCACUGUCAUGAACAGGUGCUGGUUUUAUGCAUUAUUAUUUUAUUUUAUUGUUUGUCCUUUUUUAUUGCAAGCAUGCUUCAGCCAAUUCAGGAAGCAAAGCUACCAUCUUUUGAUGGUUCUUAGAGCCCUUUGAAAAACUACCUGGGCCUGUCUUGCAUCCAGGUGAGUUUAGGUAAGGCCUAAAAGACACAGUCUCCGUACUUCACACAACACAGAGGGAUCUUCCCUCUCUUCUUCCCAUGUUGCCGUAAUCUUGCGAUUGCCUUGCACACACAGACACUUCCUUUCCUUUUGACCAGCCAUGUUUGAGCAACUCUUUCCCUUCAUUUCCCCAUGAAAGGUUUUUAAGAGCCCAGAAUGACCUGGAGGUUUUGCUAGAUCAUAGGUGGAUGAUGGGUUGGAAGGUGCCAUCUUGUCCUGGGUUUGUAGAAUCAUAAAGUUGGAAGAGACCAUAUGGGCCAUUCAGUGGGUGAUGGGUUCAUAAAUGGAUGAUGUCAUAAGUGGAUAAUGGCUUGGAAGGUGCCAUGCUUUUCUGGGGAUCAUGGAAUCACAGAGAUGGAAGAGACCAUAAGAGUCAUUCAGUGGAUGAUGGGUGCAUAAGUGGAUGAUGUCAUAAGUGGAUAAUGGGUUGGAAGGUGCCAUGCUUUUCCAGGGAUCAUGGAAUCAUAGAGGUGGAAGAGACCAUAAGAGUCAUUCAGUUGAUGAUGGGUGCAUAAGUGGAUGAUCCCAUAAGUGGAUAAUGGGUUGGAAGGUGCCAUGCUUUUCCAGGGAUCAUGGAAUCAUAGAGGUGGAAGAGACCAUAAGAGCCAUUCAAUGGAUGAUGGGUGCAUAAGUGGAUGAUGUCAUAAGUGGAUGAUGGGUUGGAAGGUGCCAUGCUUUUCUGGGGGUCAUAGAAUCAUAAAGGUGGAAGAGACUAUAAGGGCCAUUCAGUGGAUGAUUGGUGCAUAAGUGGAUUAUGUCAUAGAUUGGAAGGUGCCAUGCUUUUUCGGCGGUCGUAAGCAUAGAGUUGGAAGAGAUCAUAAGAGCCAUUCAGUGGAUGAUGGGUGUAUAAGUGGAUGAUUUUUUUGGGUCAGAAGGGGAUGAUGGGGUGGAAGGUGCCAUGCUUUUCUGGGGGUCAUAGAAUCAUAGAGUUGGAAGAGACCAUAAGGGCCAUCGAGUGGGGAUGGGCGCAUGUCAUAAAUUGAUGGGUUAGAAAAUGUCAUUUCAAUUCCCUUGCUGGGUUGAGUGACUACAUCACAACUUAUCCAUACCCAAUGGCUUGCUAUUCAAUGUGUUUGUAUUUGGGAAUGCCAUGCAGAAGCAUUUGGGGAGUCUGUCUUUUGAGUGUGCAAAAGGGGAGGAGGCCGAUCUGAGGGACCUGAGAUGGGAUUGGAAUGAAACCCGCUGCUCUUUCUUAUGGCUGGAAACCUCUCCAGGGCAGUGCCCCGGAAGAUGGAGAUAGAGGCUCCUUCUGCUUUGGAGACGGCCAGCAAAUGCCAAGGGAUGCUGGCCAAUGCUUGCAGGGGAGUCCCCUGAGCAAUGCUCCCUGCUUGCCUCCUUUUGAGAGGGAUGGACUAGAUGACCUCUUGAGGACCCUCUCAACCUUGGACAGUAAUGAGCUCAUGACUGGCAGACUCUUGCAAAAGUGCGAGUCCAGUUCCAAAAAAACAAACAAACCCGUGUUCUCUUCUCACAAACCACAAUAAACUCACGUUCGUUUGGUCACCGAUGUUUAAUUUUACUUGGGCAACCAUCUCGUCUCAUCGCCAUGUGAGGACGGUUUGGCAAAGGAAGUCCCAAACUGGCCAUUGUUUUGUGGGAACCCAGUCCACUUUCUGCCAACAACAACAACAAGAAGAAGAAGAACCACAACCAACCGAUGACAUUCAGAAGGAACAACUUCUUUUGUGGAAUUUCUGCAGAAAAUUUCUAUGAAUAUAAAGGGUUUUUUUGGGUAAAAAACAAAACAAAACAAAAGCAUUUUGUAAUGAUUUUUGGUUUCAUAGUAACUGUGUUACUUGCAGCUCAUUCUAGGCAGAUGUAAAUAAAUAAAUAAAACCAAUUUCCAAAAAAUGAAACAAAUAAAAAAAUGAGUUUAAAAGUUUUGAAAACAAAGGAGAGAAA